AUUAAAUGAAAAAAAAAUAAUUGAAAAUCAAAAGAUGUGUCGGAGAAAGAACGAAAUAGUGAGUGAGAUUGAUAUUGAGGGAGGGGAGUGGGGACGUUCUAAUUCUGGGCGAGAAUUUCAAUUUGAAGAUUAAAGAAAUAAGCCAUGAUUUUCAAUGUGAUGUAGAUGUAAACUCGGAUCUGUGCCUAAACCUCACCCCACCCUUCUCUCUGGGUUGUUUUGGCUCAGCAUUCUGUUGGUAGAUGUUAAGCAGAUCUACUUGUUAAAAUGGGGCAUCUAAAGUUGCUAUCUCAAACCGGUAUUAAUGCUAUAGAAGAGGAAAAUGGGCAUUGCAAUGAUGGAUAUCCUAAUAAAACUACUGUGGCAUGCAUGAUCAAUGCAGAAAUUGGUGCUGUUUUGGCAGUGAUGCGAAGAAAUGUUAGAUGGGGAGUUCAUUAUAUGUCAGAUGAAGAUCAAGUUGAGCACUCUCUUGUUCAAUCUUUGAAGAUAUUAAGGAGAACAAUUUUCUACUGGAAGGAUCCAUGGCAUGCUAUCAACCCUGUUCGUUAUCUCCAACCAUUUUUAGAUGUGAUUCAAUCAGAUGAAACUGGUGCACCAAUCACUGGUGUUGCUCUGUCGUCAGUUUACAAGAUCUUGACUCUGGAUGUAAUUGAUCAAAACACUACAAAUGUUGGGGAUGCCAUGCACUUGGUGGUUGAUGCUGUCACAAGCUGCAGAUUUGAGGUGACUGAUCCUGGAUCAGAAGAAGUUGUAUUAAUGAAGAUACUACAAGUUCUUCUAGCGUGUGUGAAAAGUAGAGCAUCUGUAAUGCUGAGUAACCAACAUAUUUGCAUUAUAGUGAACACUUGUUUCCGUAUAGUUCACCAAGCAGGAACCAAAGGUGAGUUGUUGCAGCGGAUAGCACGUUAUACGAUGCACGAACUUGUUCGGUGCAUUUUUUCUCAUCUUAAAGAUAUUGACAACGUAGAGCAUUCAUUAGUAAAUGGAAGCAAUGGUUUGAAUCAAGAGACUGGUGGGCAAAAUAAUGAACAUAAUUCUACAAACAGACAAUUGGAAAAUGGGAGCUUGAAUUCUGCAAGUAAUAGGCAAUCCUACUCAACAGGCAUUGCUUCCAGUACUGAGAGCGUUUUGACAGUAGCUGUAGUGGAUGACAUAACAGCCAUUGACAGCAGUGGCAAGGAGGUCGACCUAGAUGAACUGGACCUCAUGAAGGAACCAUAUGGGAUUCCAUGCAUGGUGGAAGUGUUUCACUUCUUAUGUUCUUUGUUGAAUGUUGUUGAGCAUAUGGGAACAAGUACAAGAUUAAAUACAAUAGCAUUUGAUGAAGAUGUGCCUCUUUUUGCCUUAACUUUGAUUAAUUCAGCUGUAGAGUUGGGAGGGUCUUCUUUUCACCGGCAUCCUAGACUGUUGAGCUUAAUUCAAGAUGAACUGUUUCACAAUCUAAUGGAGUCCGGUUUGUCAAUGAGCCCCCUUGUAGUUUCAAUGGUGUGUAGCAUUGUUCUAAAUUUGUAUCACCAUCUUCGUACAGAAAUCAAGUUACAAUUAGAAGCUUUCAUUUCAUGCGUAAUUUUGAGGCUAGCACAAAGCAAAUAUGGAGCAUCAUAUCAGCAACAGGAAGUUGCUAUGGAGGCCCUUGUUGACUUUUGCAGGCAAAAAACAUUCAUGAUGGAAAUGUAUGCUAACCUUGACUGUGACAUCACUUGCAGUAAUGUCUUUGAAGACAUUGCUAACUUGUUGUCCAAAAGUGCAUUUCCUGUUAACAGUCCAUUAUCUUCUUUGAAUAUUCUUGCUUUGGAUGGUCUUAUUGCUCUUAUGCAAGGAAUGGCUGAAAGGAUAGGCAAUGAAUCUUUGAGUUCAGAACAUCCUCAUGUGAAUCUUGAACAAUAUAGUUCUUUCUGGCAGGAGAAGUGUGAAAAUUUCAGCGAUCCGAAUAAUUGGGUUCCUUUUGUUUGCCGGAGAAAGUACUUCAAGAAAAUAUUGAUGAUUGGAGCAGAUCACUUUAAUCGUGAUGUUAAGAAAGGUCUUGAGUUUCUCCAAGGAACACAUCUUUUACCCGACAAACCCCAUGCCCAAAGUGUUGCCUACUUUCUUAGAUUCACAACUGGGUUGGAUAAGAAUCUCAUUGGUGAUUUUCUAGGGAACCAUGAUGAAUUCUGUGUUCAGGUCCUUCAGGAAUUCGCAAGAACAUUUGAUUUCAAAGACACAACGUUAGACACAGCACUGCGUCUAUUUUUGGAGACUUUCAGACUGCCUGGAGAAUCACAGAAGAUACAGAGGGUGCUUGAAGCUUUCUCUGAGAGAUAUUAUGAACAGUCACCACAGAUCCUAGCUAAUAAGGAUGCUGCUCUCUUGUUAUCAUACUCAAUUAUAAUGCUUAAUACAGAUCAUCACAAUGUACAAGUGAAAAAGAAGAUGACAGAAGAGGAUUUUAUCCGAAAUAAUAGGCGAAUAAAUGGUGGAAAUGAUUUGCCUCGAGGAUUCCUUUCAGAAAUUUACCAUUCCAUUUGUAGGAAUGAGAUUCGUACAACUCCUGAGCAAGGUUCUGGAUUUCCUGAAAUGACUCCAAGUCGGUGGAUUUAUCUUAUACACAAGUCAAGGAAAACUGCUCCAUUCAUUGUCUCUGAUUCCAGAGGAUACCUUGAUAAUGAUAUGUUUGCUAUUCUGUCUGGGCCAACAAUCGCAGCCAUUUCUGUGGUGUUUGAUAAUGCUGAAAAUGAAGAGGUCUACCAAACAUGUAUGGAUGGAUUCUUAGCUGUUGCAAAGAUAUCGGCUUACUAUCAUCUUGAGAAUGUACUCGAUGAUUUGGUUGUAUCCCUUUGUAGGUUUGUUACUAUUUUGGAUCCAUUAUCUGUUGAGGAACCAAUCCUUGCCUUUGCAUAUGACACAAAAGCAAGAAUGGCAACCAACACCGUUUUCGCUAUAGCGAAUAAGUACGGUGAUUACAUUCGCACAGGAUGGAGAAAUAUUCUUGACUGCAUUUUAAGAUUUCAUAAAUUAGGCCUUCUUCCUGCUAAUAUGGCUAAUGACGCGACUGAGGAGUCAGAGCAUCCUACGGAAACUCUACAUGAGAAGCGUAAUGCUAAAUCUUUAUCUUCAAGAAAUCUUCGAUCUAUUAGUACUCCGAAGAGAUCCUCAGGCUUGAUGAGCAGGUUUAGUCAACUCUUAUUGCUUGGCUCGGAAGAGCCAAGACCAAUUCCAACUAAAGAACAAGUUGCUGCACAGCAGAGCACCCUUCAAACAAUUCAGAAGUGUCAUAUUGACAGCAUAUUUUCUGAGAGCAAAUUUUUGCAAGCUGAAUCUCUGUUGCAACUUGCAAGAGCACUCAUUACUGCAGGAGGGCGGCUUAAGAAAGGAAAUACCACAUUUGAUGAUGAAGAUAGUUCAGUUUUCUGUCUGGAAUUACUAAUAACAAUCACUCUGAAUAACAGGGAUAGGAUUGAACUUCUUUGGCAUGGUGUUUAUGAGCACAUAUCUAAUAUUGUUCAGUUGACUGUGAUGCCUUGUGCACUAGUUGAGAAAGCAGUUUUUGGACUCCUAAAAGUUUGCCAUCGCUUACUUCCCUACAAAGAGAACUUCACUGAUGAACUUUUAAGGUCCCUGCAACUUGUCCUUAAGCUUGAUGCACGUGUUGCCGAUGCCUACUAUGAGAAGAUUACACAGGAAGUAAGUCAUCUCGUGAAGGCAAAUGCUUCUCAUAUUAGAUCUCAAUUAGGAUGGCGAACAAUUACAUCUCUGCUUUACAUCACUGCCAGACACCUUGAGGCAUCUGAUGCUGGUUUUGAUGCACUGCUGUUCAUUAUGUCGGAUGGAGCGCACUUACUUCCUUCUAAUUAUGUUCUCUGUAUAGAUGUUGCAAGACAGUUUGCCGAGUCACGCGUUGGACAGGUAGAGCGGUCAGUUGUGGCACUUGAUCUUAUGGUAGGAUCUGCCAAUUGUUUAGAAAAGUGGACUAGUGAUGCCAAGAAAGAAAUGAAGGAAGAGGAUUUGGCAAAGAUGUUGCAGGAUAUUGGGGAGAUGUGGUUGAGGCUUGUACAAGAAUUAAAGGAAGUGUGUUUAGACCAGAGGGAGGAGGUAAGAAACCAUGCAUUGUUAUCAUUGCAGAAUUGCUUGACAGGAUCUCUUGGGACUCAUAUCCAACAUGAUUUGUGGUUACGAUGUUUUGAUCAAGUGAUCUUUGCCGUGCUCGAUGAGCUGGUUGAAACUUAUCAGACACGCUCCCAAAAGGAGUACCGGAACAUGGAAGGAUCCCUCAUUAUUGCCUUGAAGCUCUUGUGUAAAGUUUACCUCCAGUUACUUCCAAGCAUAUCAGAGUCGACCAAGUUCACCAAAUUAUGGUUGGGUGUACUGAGUCGAUUGGAAGUAUACAUGACAGUGAGAGUUAGGGGAAGGAGAAGCGAGAAGAUUCAAGAGCUCGUGCCCGAGCUUCUCAAGAACACUUUACUUGUCAUGAAAGCGCAUGACAUACUAGUGCGCAGCAGUAGUGGGGGUGACAAUAGUUUCUCGGAACUGACUUGGAAGCAUAUAAACAACAUUUCUCCUUCAUUGCAGUCUGAGGUUUUUCCUGAGCAAGAUUCAGAGCAAUUGGAGAACAAACAAGCUAAAACAGUUGAAGGUUUGGGACCUAAUAAUGAAAACAUUUCUAUACCUUCAAAUGAAAGAGCUGGCCAAGAUGGUGCUGGCAUUGGUUAAUCACAGGUGCAGCCAUGUUGAUGAACCUCUUCAUUGGUUUAUUCUUAUUUUUAUUUCUGUUGUAGUUUGGUGGUUGCUUGGUUUCUCUCACAAAUAGAUCCAUGCAGUAUAUGAUAGAAUUUAGAAUCCCAUUCAAAUUUUCAAUAGGACCCUUGACACAGUAAGAAUUUUUGUUGAAGAUAUGUUAUAGCUUGAGAAAAUGUAGAGUGUUCCCUCUUCAGUAUGGUCCCUAUUGAGUUCAUGCCUGAGCCUGUUAAUUGAGAUGUAUUUGGAAGAUAAUGUCUUUAUAGAUUGUAUAGAGCUCAAAAUUAUUAGCUGCAGGAUUUUGUUCUUAGAAAGCUGAGGUUUAUAUUUGUUAUUGUUAUUGUAACAAUUCUUGAAUGAAGAACAAGUGCAGUAACACUGAAACACAGAAUACAGAGAGGAUGGAAA